AUGAAGCGGGAUGCAGCGAGAAAUGGUGUGCGGAGCGAUGUUAUAAUAACGCAACAUGUGAUAAAGCGUGGAAUAGUGGUGCUUGAAGGAGAUGACGUUAUUCGAUUGGAAAAAGUUAAGAUCGAUGUUCGUCGAUCGAUGGAUAUCGAUAUCUGGUUGAAAGCGUUUGAUUCCGAUGGAUUGGUAUUCUAUUGGGCGAGAUUGAAGGAAACGGGAAACGGUUCGAAUGCACGCAAACAGUACAUGAAGGGCGAUUUUAUCGCUUUGCUUCUGAUUGCAUCACAACCGCACUUCUUUUGGAAUCUCGGUUCAGGAAUCGCUUAUGUUAAAGCACCAGCCACAUUAUCAAACCAUCGUUUUCAUUCGAUUCGUUUCACAAGAAAUCUCCGAAAUGGUACAAUUCAAGUGGACUAUUCUCCAUUCAUUAGUCAUCAAAUAUCUUUACCAAAAAACAAUCAUUUGGAUGUAUUCGGUGAGGACAUCUAUAUUGGUGGAGUGCCCAAUGAUCAUUUGAUACCACCCGUCAUACCCGAAAUGCGUAAACGUUUCAAGGGUGUCAUUCAACGAAUUUCAAUUAAUGGACAGAUCUUCAAUAAUCUCUUCAAGGUUAUUAUUCAUUAUGUCUAA